UCACCACACGAAUUAGCCACGCGAUAAUAUAGGACGGAGGUGAUAAAAAAAAAAUAGAGAUCUGCAACUCUAUUGGUGUCCAUUUUCCGGACCAUCUGCCGACCUCCAAGGAAGCAACCCAUGGCGGUCAUGAUCAAUCUAAUAGGUUAUUGACGAAUUAGCUGUGGUAUACCUAGUUCCGCGAAAUGAGGAGAUUCCCUUAGAUUCGGAGGACUGUCUAGAUCUAUCGGUGUGACCCGGGAUUUCACUACUAAUUAGCCUCGUACGUAUGCCGGAAAUUGACCCCCGGAGACCUGGUGCUUUACGGGAAUGAAAUCUGGGGCCCCCCAUAUAAACGCCCGCCCCUCCGUCGCUCGGGCUGACCUGACCUGACGAUGCCGCGCUCCCACCUCAUCCAACCUUGAAAAGCAGGACAAUAAGACGUACAUAAAAUCAAGAUGUUGACCACCUCACUCCUCGUGCUCGCGCUCGCCGCGACUGGGUUCGCCCAGGCCCCCGAGGGCUACCGCACCGUGUACAUCACCUCUAAAGUGGACCCCAAGUUUGUCAUAGUACCAAAGGCGGCCACGAGCGGUAGCGGCACCGUUGUCCAGACUCUCACCAACAAGCCGGAGCAGCAGUGGUAUCUCAAAGAGGGCAGCAGCACAAUCCAGUUGGCGGGUACCACACUCUGCAUGGAUGCAGGUGCCAAGGCCAACUGGAAGGACAUGGGAAGCAUCUCCCUGGCCGAGUGCGACGCGACCUCGCCAAGCCAGCAAUGGGACGUCAUGGCCGACGGGCGCAUCGCCCUCGCUGCUUCGAGCCCACAGGAGUGUAUCGAUCUCCAGUACAUGAGGGCCACGGCCAACAACCCCGUCGGUCUGUACGGCUGCGCGGGACUGGGGAAUGCCGGCGCCGCGGACAAGGGCAUCAACUGGCCGCUCGUCGAUGCCACUGAUGCUGCUUGAAGGGGGUAACCGUGUGGCGGUCUCUUGGUCGUAAGAUGGGAAGCUACAAGGGUGUAUAUAGGGAUUGGAUGGAUGGGCCUAGAAACUCGAGCUCUCGUUGCCAAUAUCAAAGGGAUGCAUUGCUGGAAGCAAUCCUUUUCAUGUGCCCAUGCUCUCUGCGAUAGCAGAAAACGAUGUUAGAUUCUGCGCUAUGAGUUGUUGCGCUGGGCCAGUGUCCUUCGCUGGUGGCGUAGACGGCUUCUCGGUUCCUAGGUAUUUCAAGAUGGCCCCACAAUAUGGUGCUCUUCAUGUUUCUUUGAACCGUAGGGACUUCGCCUUGGUAGCUUCCAUGCUUGUCCCAAUUCUACUUGUCCAUUCACGGCAAUGAGGACCCUGCCGUUGUGAAG